AUGGCGGACCCAACGGAUCUGAAUCUGGAUGCGCCGAGCGACCUUACAGACAUCCCGGACAUGUCAAUGCAGCUUCUUCCACCACCAGAAGGGACGUUUCCUGACAAAACAUCACUCCUCGCUUCUGUGCAAGCGCACGCAAAAGCUCAUGGAUACAAUGUAGUGGUCAAAUCCUCCAGCACACCCACGGAGAAGAAGCCCGGACGAACAGCCAAGGUCUGGCUUCGCUGCGAUCGAGGCGGCCAUUACCGUCCUCGCAAUGGGCUCACCGAGGAGACGAGGAAGCGGAGGCGAACCUCGCGCUUGAUGGACUGUCCGUUCAUGCUAGUUGCAGCUGGAACUCCUGGCAUCUGGACGCUGACCGUCAUGAACCCUACCCACAACCAUGGGCCGAUCAUUGAGAAGCCGCGCCAGGUUCCGCACCACAAGGUCCGCAAAGGGCAGGUUGCUGCUACUCCGUAUGACUGGCCGCAUGAUGCGACUCUUACGCCGUAUACGACUGCGCUGGUUAUCAUCGAUAUGCAGAAGGAUUUCUGCGCACCAGGUGGAUAUAUGGACUACCAAGGCUACGACAUAUCAGCCGCGCAGGCACUAAUCCCAAAGCUCCAACGCCUCUUGAAUACAUUCCGCUCCGCCGGUUUCCCCAUCUAUCACACACGCGAAGGCCACCGCCCCGACCUCUCAACCCUCUCCAGCCGAGAAGCCUACCGUUCCCGCAAUAACCAAUCUGGCCUCGGAAUCGGCUCCCAAGGCCCUCUAGGCCGCCUCCUAAUCCGCGGCGAACUCGGCCACGACACCGUCGACGAACUGUAUCCUCUCCCCGGCGAACCCGUGAUCGACAAGCCGGGCCGAGGCGCAUUCGCACACACAGACUUUGAGCUCCUCCUCCGCAACAAGGGCGUCAAGAAUCUUGUGAUCGCGGGUGUGACGACGGACGUCUGUGUGAGCACGACGAUGCGCGAGGCGAACGACCGGGGUUUCGACUGUGUGCUUUUGGACGACGGCUCCGCGGCCGCUGAGCCCGCGCUGCAUAUGAAUACCGUUGAGUCGGUGAAGAUGGAGGGAGGCAUCUUUGGCGCGGUGGCUAAGCUGGACGAUGUGGUACAUGCCGUGGAAAACUUCAAGGCCGUCACUGUGAAGAAGCUGGCUCCCCAGAUGACGUCCUGA